CACCUCAAUCUCUCUCUCUCUCUCUCUACCUUGCCUCCCCUUCCUUUUCUCUUUUCAACCCUUCUUCUCCCCUCCUGGUGUUUAACGAUGUGGAUAAAGAAUCUUGUGUUGGGCGAAUUCAUGUCUUACAAUGGCGGUGCGUUUGAUUGGUGGGAUGAAAUUGACGAAUCCGAGAAAUGGCAGCGGGGGAUUUUCUAUGUCUUGUGUACUUCCUACGCCGUGGUUUCCUUUGUUGCCUUGGUACAACUUUUUUGUAUCCAAUUAAGAGUGCCGGACUAUGGGUGGAGUACACAAAAAGUUUUCCACUUGAUGAAUUUUCUUGUAAAUGGAUUGAGGGCUGUUCUCUUUGCUUUCUACAAGAAGGUGUUUCUUAUUAAGAGCAAGGUGCUUGAAAUGGUGCUUUUGGAUCUUCCGAGUCUCCUAUUUUUCUCAACAUAUACAUUACUUGUCUUGUUCUGGGCUGAGAUAUAUCACCAGGCCAGAAGCCUUCCCGUUAAUAAAUUAAGGCCUGCAUAUUAUAUUGUCAAUGGGUUGAUAUACUUCGUACAGGUUUGCAUAUGGAUUGCUGUAAAAUUUACUCACGGUCAUGUUGCAGUUGAGAUUGCUAGACUUUUCAUUUCAGUUAUUUCAAUAAUUGCUGCUGUGGGAUUCAUGAUAUAUGGUGGCAGGUUGUUCAUCAUGUUGAGGCGCUUCCCCAUUGAAUCUAGAGGUCGUCAAAAAAAGCUCUAUGAGGUUGGCUCUGUAACUGGAAUCUGCUGUACUUGUUUCUUGAUAAGAUGCAUAGUGGUCACAGUCUCAGCCUUCAACAAGCAUGCAGAUCUAGAUGUGUUAGACCACCCCCUUCUAAAUUUUCUCUACUACAUGUUGGUAGAAAUCAUUCCAUCUGCUCUGGUGCUCUUCAUCCUCCGAAAACUGCCUCCCCGGCGGGUUUCCGAUCAGUACCACCCUAUCAAUUGAAGUGAAUGAUCUGGCAAAAUUAACAAGGUGCUUGAUCCACUGUCAAGUUUUUUUCUUGCUGUCAGGGGAGUGGACUACCUUUCUCCCUCUCAUUCCCUUCUUGUAUAUGAUAUAUUAUUUCCUGUUCAAUGGUAAUUGGUUUCUUCAACAUUUGGCUGCUGUAACUUCAGAGAGAGUUAGGAAAACUAAUUGUAGAUGGUGACAUACAUCAUGUGUCUGCUAUUUGGCCCAGAUUCUGAAAAGAAUAAAAAAUAUAUAUAUUC